AAAAGGGUAUAACAAAAAUUAAGUUCAUUUGAAGCUUUAGAGAGAGUAUGACUUGUGUAGGAAAAGAUAAUGAAAAAAAGGUCCAAGUGGAUGCAGUGUGAAAGGGCAAAUUUAUUUUUAUGUCAUAAUUUAAUUUUUCACUUCUCUCUAACCCUGGAUUCUCUCAUCUCAUUUUCUUUCACGCUUCUAAGUUACUUCCACGCCACCACUGCCGGCGACGGAACAACCAAACCACCACUGCCGGCGACGGAACGACCACACCACCACCUUCAAUCUUAGUCUCUUCCUUUCACAAUCACGUGGUAUUCUUCUUCUGCAACAGUGCACCAUACUCGCUCAUGCUUCCACCUGUGAUAUUGUGUCAAUUUCGGGUGUGAUUUUGCGUUCUACUUUGCGAUUUCUUGUCGAUUUAGAAGCAUUCAUCUUCAACAUUGAAACCAUUAAGUUUGCUCUAGUAGUAUAUAUAGACUGUGUUUGGUUUAUAGGUGAUUUGAGCCAACUUAGUAGAGCCGUCAAAUAUGCCCUAUAUUUAAAAGCCCAAAUUAUUAAGCCCUAUUAAAGCCCCAAUAUAUUAAGCCCCUUAUCAUUGAGAUUUAUUUUAGGCCCUUUAUAUAAUGCAUUUUUUUUAGGCCCCAUUGAGGGGCCUUAUUUUAUUCCCAAAAUUUGGACGUUGAGUUUAUCACUCCAUUCAUGUUCUGUGCAAAGCUUCCGCCACCGUCAACCAAUUACACCGCCGUCGACUUUUCUCUAUCACAGAAAUAAAGGUACUAGAUAUACAGUUCACCUAUUGAAGUACUCUGUGGAAUGGAAGAAUCGUCAUUUUUGGACCGAAUGAUUGGUCAUCUUCGGGGAACUUGCAAGUACUAUACUGGUUAUCCAAAGGAUCUUGGACCAUCACGGGUUGUUCAUUUCACCUCCGAGCGUGAGUUUGUCAAUCUCCUUCAUGAAGGGUUUCCCGUGGUUGUUGCUUUUACUAUCAGGGGGAAUUACACAGAACAUCUUGACAAAGUAUUAGAAGAAGCUGCUUCUGAGUUUUAUCCACAUGUAAAAUUUAUGCGUGUUGAGUGUCCAAAGUAUCCUGGGUUUUGUAUAAGUCGGCAGAAAAAGGAGUACCCAUUCAUGGAAAUAUUUCAUAGUCCAACACAUGUGGCUAACCAGGGUAGGGUAGCUGAUCCAAAUAUUACUAAAUACAAUGUGAAAGUCAUGCCUUUCAACUACGAUAUCAGUGUUUACGGGUUUAGAGAAAUCUUCAAGCGCUAUGGGAUCCGGGCAUCAGAUAUGAAGUAAGGCUCUAGUAGGAAGGUUUUAUCUUUCAAAUAAUAAGGAGCCACACCAGAUUAUACUACCUAUUUUAUCAAAUUGUAAUUGUAUAUCAUCAUAAGUUACAACUUCAGGCCAGUAGAUGGCAAAUUAUAAUCACCUGUUUUGUUGAUGUCUCAACCCUUAAAUAUAAUUUGGUUCAGUCCAGUCAUGGAAAUGUUCUCUUCAUUCCUUCA